UGAUGGUGAUCUCAGUUCCCUUCCCGGCCCAAGUCUGUGAUGUUCUAUGAGCUCCCCCAGGGUCUGAAGGGCGUUAAAGAUGGGGCCUCUGCGUGGAAGAGUUGUCUUGAGGAUUCCUCUGACCGACGGCAUGCUGACUGCCAGGCUCUGAGAGACUGUCUCGCUUCUAUAGAAAUGUCACACCGUGGUGGUGAGCGAGACUUCCAGACUUCAGCUCGGCGAAUGGGCACCUCUCUGCUUUUCCAGCUUUCAGUACAUGAACGGGAACUGGACCUGGUGUUUUUGGAUCAUAGCUAUGCCAAGCCAUGGAGUGCUCACCCAGAUGCCAGCAGUGCCCGUCCAACCCGCAUGCUCUUUGUCACUCCCAGGCGUCACCAGGACAGUACCAUUGAGGCAGACAUCCCUAUUGAUGUGGAAACUGUCACAUCUACCCCGGUGCCACUCUAUGACAACCAGAAGGCACGAAGUGUGAUGAAUGAGUGUGAACGCCAUGUCAUCUUUGCCCGGACUGAUGCAGAUGCUCCACCCCCACCUGAGGACUGGGAGGAGCAUGUCAACAGGACUGGUUGGACAAUUGCCCAGAACAAACUAUUCAACAAGAUUCUCAAAGCCUUGCAGUCUGAUCGGCUGGCCCGGCUAGCCAAUGAAGGGGCUUGCAAUGAACCCGUGCUGCGGCGAAUUGCUGUGGAUAAGUGUGCAAGGAGAGUUCGUCAGGCACUGGCAAGUGUGACUUGGGACAUUAAACUUGUCCAGUGGUUGCAUACAACAUUGGUGGAAACCCUGAGCCUACCUAUGUUAGCAGCAUACCUUGAUGCAUUGCAGACAUUGAAAGGGAAGAUACCAACUUUGAUUGACCGGAUGCUGAUGUCAUCUACCACAAAGACUGGUGCGGCAGGAGCUGAAGCCUUGUCUCUCCUGCUCAAAAGGCCCUGGGAUCCUGCUGUAGGAGUGCUUUCUCAUAACAAACCAAGCAAGCUCCCUGGAUCUCCACUGAUUCUCAUAGCCUCCUCUGGUCCCUCGAGCUCCAUGUUCCCUACCUCUCGAAGACACCGAUUUUGGCAGUCACAGCUUUCCUGCUUGGGCAAGGUCAUCCCAAUUGCCACCCAUCUCCUAAACAAUGGGAGUGGAGUAGGAGUUCUUCAGUGUCUUGAGCACAUGAUUGGGGCUGUUCGAGGCAAAGUACUAGAGAUUCACAAUCAUUUCCCCCACAAACCUAUCAUCUUGAUUGGCUGGAAUACAGGAGCCUUGGUGGCUUGUCACGUAUCAGUGAUGGAGUAUGUCACUGCAGUUGUCUGCCUUGGAUUUCCUCUGCUUACAGUGGAUGGGCCCAGAGGGGAUGUGGAUGACCCUCUCCUGGAUAUGAAGACUCCAGUCCUCUUUGUCAUUGGCCAGAACUCCCUACAGUGUCAUACUGAGGCCAUGGAGGACUUUAGGGAGAAGAUUCGUGCUGACAACAGCAUGGUGGUAGUUGGGGGAGCUGAUGACAAUCUCAGGAUAAGCAAAGCAAAGAAGAAGUCUGAAGGCCUGACGCAGAGCAUGGUGGACAGAUGUGUUCAGGAUGAGAUUGCAGACUUUCUGACUGGUGUGCUCACUCGUGCUGAGGGUCACAGCAGCUCCGAGCCCCGAGAUCAGGAUGCUGAGAAGAAGAAAAAGCCUCGUGAUUCAGCCCGCCGAGAUUUAGCUUUUGAACUUCCUGAACGGGGAAGCCGGCCUACCUCUCCUGCUACUAAGCUUCCUGCCUCACCUUCUGGUUCUGAGGAUCUGUCAAGUGUGUCUAGCAGCCCCACCUCUAGUCCCAAGACCAAAAUGGCUACGGUGACUUCUGCCCCUAAGUCUAGCCAAAUUGGCACUGCCCAGCUAUUGAAGAGACAUGUACAGCGGACAGAAGCUGUCUUGACCCAUAAACAGGCUCAAGCACAGUUUGCUGCUUUUCUGAAACAAAACAUGCUGGUGAGGAAAACUCUUCCUCCCGGCACCUCCUCCUGUCUCUUUGUUCCCAUCUCCUCAGACCAAGCCGAAGAAGCUGAUAAAGAAGACCUUCGGGGCCAGCUGAAGCGUCAGCAUCCUCCUAGCCCCCCUCCGGGCAGCAAGGCUUCCAAGCGAGCCAAGAUCAAAGUGACCAUUGUCUCUCAUGGGGAUGGAGCUGGUGGACCAAGUCUCCCAUCCCAAGGAGGAAGCACAGAGGUUUCAGGAGGAAAGCCCAUUACUGUGACUCGGGGGCAAACUGCUGUAGGUGCCAAGGAGCUAACAGGGCUGCUCACCACAGCCAAAUCAAGUGCAGCUUCUGAAGCAGUGUCAGUGAGCCCAGCCUCUUCCUCCAUUAUUCCCAACAGUACUGCUCCUAGUGCCUUCCACACUCUGCAGAGCCGCUUGGUGGCCAGUGGUGGUCACUGUGUGGCAGCCUCCCCUGGCAGCACACUCCCAGGGUCCACAUCUGCCAGCAGCCUCCUUCAGGGUCUCAGCUUCAGCCUGCAGGAUAUCAGCAGCAAAACUCCUACCCUCCCAGCUAGUGCUUCCCCAGGGCCAGCCACACAGACCACCAGUGUGAAGUUGCCUACACCUAUGCAGAGCAUAGGUGCCAUCACCACAGGCACUGGCACCAUUGUUCGUACCAUUCCUGUGGCCACCACCCUCUCCUCCUUGGGUGCCACUCCUGGUGGGAAGCCUACAGCCAUCCACCAACUGCUGACCAAUGGGGGUCUUGCCAAGUUGGCCAGUAGCCUCCCUGGCCUGGCUCAGAUUUCUAAUCAAGCGGCAGGCUUGAAGGCCCCAACCACUAUUACAGUAACUCUGCGAGGCCAACCCAGCCGUGUCACCACACUGAGCCCAAUGGGCACAGGAGCUGCCGCCUUAGAGGAGUCCACCUCUCAGGCUCUACCUUCUACCCCACAGCGAUUGCCGCCAGCUCCUUGAAGGCGCCUGUGUAACAUUUCCACUCUCAUCGUCUGUGAUGGCUGCCUUCCAACAAGCCCACAGGCACACAGACUGCUUUGUGAUGUUGCCUGCCUUCUUGAAGACUUCCUUUGAGACUGUCGUCCUUGUUUGCCUGCUCAAUCAUCAAGGAUAGGCAUCUGAGUCUUAUAGAGCCAUGGGGCUAACCUCACUAUUCAGCAAAUGCAAUACCAUUCUCUGGGAACCGCAGAUUUUGGCCUCCAGGCCACUCACUUCUCCUCUUCCCUUCCUUGCCCCACCCUCAAUCCCACUUUAAUGCAGCAGAUAGCUAUACCACUGGGGCUUGCGCGCUUUAUAGGCAUUAUCACCACAUGGGAUUAGGAGCUCUAAUUCUCGGAGAGGAAAAAGCUUCUUUCCCUUCAGUAGGGUUACUAAGAUCAAAAUAAACAAAAAAAGGAUUAGAGGAGAGAAAGCCUAGCCUUCUGACCCUACAUAUGGUCAUGAAGGCAUCCUGGCAGUUUUUCUUUACAGUAUCUUAGUGUAUAGGGCAAUAAACCCAACACAGCUCUCUGAUCUAGAAGUCAAACCAGGAUCCCUAGAGACCUGAAGACUUGUUUUCAAAUCUGUCAUAAUGAAGGUGAUGAGGACUCGUUGAAAUCUCUAGGCCCUUCUGAUGCAACUCAUCUGUCUGCUGAGUAAGAAGCAGCACCUGUGAGAUGAGGAUAGUGCCCCCCAAGGCCUAUUUCAUUUCACUGUCCAUUGGCUACUCCCAGUAGGUAGAGGUCUAGCAAGUGAGGAGGGACUGCAGAGGAGGAAGUAAAUAAUGGAACAGCCCAAGUGAGCAGUAGGAGGCAAGUUAACUAACAUGAUUUGUUCUUGUGCUUUGCAUCCCAUUCAGCUCAAGCAUUGAUGUUUGUGUGAGUUGUGGGGGACAGGCUAUUAAGCCUCAGGAACUAUUGGGUCAAAUGAAUCAGAAUAGGGAUUGUUACCCAUAUUUAGCAAAGAGAAUGAAAGAAACCAAGGUAAUCUCUGCUACCUGGGUGCUAUGGAGUUUAGCCCAACAUGCCAAAUUCUGGACACCUCAUGAAAUGUGUGGGAGUUAGGAGUGCCACUCCUUUCUCAUCUUCUCGGUGGCUACUUUUUUUCUCAUCUGGAAAUUGGGGAUUAUUAGCCCUAGACAUAGUUAAGUAGCCAAGUGAUGACUGUCAGGCCCAGAUCAGUAAGCAGAAAGGUCUCUGGGGAAGUUUCAUGUUGGAAAUGGAGACCCUUCUUCCUAAAUACUUCACACUGGAAAGAGAUUUAGGUUUGAUAGGUUAUCUUGUCUUCUUCUUCAACCUCUCUAACAAAUUGAAGUGAACUUGGGAGGGGGAGGGAACCAGUCUUUUAAUGUUCCAGCCAAGCAGCUGACCUAGUUAUUUAGUUGUUGCAGGUGGUGGUGGGGAAGUUUACAUCCAUUGGUAUAGUCUGCCAGGUGGAGGUUGGUGUUUCUGGUGUCUGUGUGCCUGUCAGACUGAGAGUGUGUCAACUCCACUGAAUUAGUCUCUGCUUUUCCUUUGGAAAGGAGUCCUCCAGAACAGUUUUCAGUUGGCCUCUCAGUGACAUGGCACAUGCAGAGGGUCCAUUCUCUCUCAGGCUGCUGUGUAGCAAGCAGGACCUGCAGUUUUGCUCAUAUUUUGUUAACACCGGAGCUCACGGUGCUCUUCAGGUGUGCGGGUUAUGCUCUAAACUCCUGGUAGCACUGAAAUGCUGAACUAGCAGAAGGCAAACUGUAGGAGCAUUUGAUGGGAACAGGCAGAAAUCCUAAGUGUACUUCCUUGGGGACAAGUAUAAAGCAGGAGAUUUAGGUGACAGUGAUCCAGACUAUUUAGAAUUGGUUUCUAAGCUAACUAUCCCUUCCGUUUAUGACCCAGGAAAGAUCUAUAAGUUGUUGGAGACUGUUCCUGACGUAAUUAGCUCAGGGUACUGCUGGAGCCAAAAAGUUCAAUCAAAUGAUGAGCACAUUUCUGGACAGAAGAGCAAACAAACCAGCACAUCACUCCCACUGCAGAACUGAUUUGUCUGUAUAUGGACAGUAUCUUCUGUGUUUCUUGUUGCCAUAGCUUGAGAAAGACAUGACAGAACUAGAGAAGAGUAUCAUAGGUUUGAUAUAAAAAUUCGUGUUCUCCAGGUUGGAGAGCAAAGUUAAAAAUAUGACAGUUGAAGUCUAUAAUAUUGUAAAGAGUGAAUGUGAAUUUGUACUCCAGAAUUGUCAGAAGAGUAGACUUCUUUUAAAGCUGGAAUGGAAUGAUCAAAAGCAAGUGCCCUUUAGCACAAUGCAGAGUAAGCUUAAGGAAUUUGUUACUGUAUCUAAGUGGUAGUCCUCGCAUAGGUAAUUGGGGAUCAGGAAUAGCUUAGGUAAAUGCAUAGAAGAUAGGUCUAUUGUGUCAUUAAAGAAGAUAAGAAGUGCUUUGGAGGGCUUCCCUCAACACUGAGGGAACAUCAUUGAGAAGAGCAUGGACCCUGGCUGGGAGAUGGGGCUGACCUGAUGUGGCAGUUCUUAAGUCCUUUUAACAAUAAACCGUGGCGUGCUGCUGACUUAUUUUUUGAAAUUAUUUUAUUUUCAUCCUUAUAGCAACCCUGUGAUUUAGGCCAGGUAGGUCUUAUUCCUUUUUCACAGGAUCACAGAAUCUGGUUGAGAAGAAACCUUAGAGGCCUUCUGUACCAAAAAUUUUCAUCUCUAGUUUUCAUCUCUAGCUAAAAUGUGUUGCAGAAAUGUAUAUAGUACUCUAUAGUACGCUAGUUGUGGUUUGACCAGGGAAGAGUACCUGUACUCUUCAGUAUAGCCACUUCAGUAUAGCCAAAGAAAACAUUAACUUUUUUUAUUGUUCUAACUCCCUGUUGACCCCUUUUGAAUUUAUAGGGUGGUAAAACUUCCAGAUCUUUCAGAAUGACUAUUGUCUAGUAGCACUUACUCCAAUACUAGUAAAGUUUUGGGUUUUUUUCUAGCUUUGUAUUACCCAUUAUUAUUCAUAAAGCUUUUGGUAAUACAGUAUAGUAAUUUCCUGAGAACAUUGUGUCUUGUUCAACAGCAGAGGGUGCUUUUGUGUUACUGUAAAAAUGGGUUAAAUAUUCUCAAGAGGGAUCAGAGUGAGGAGGCUAAUGGCAUUUUGGAGAAUAUUCAAACUUUAUGGAUGAGCAAAAGACACGUUGUCAGACUUGCUUCAAGUUGUAGAAACUCCAAAUGAUGGAACUUGAAUCUAAGGCUGACCCAUUCAGAAUAAUUAAUUCUUCUGCUCUAAACAAAGUAUCAAAUGUGCUAAGCCACCUCCUGGUGAAGAUGCCAUACCUGCUUCCUAGAUUUUUGCUUAGGGGAGGGAGUGGUGGUGAGGAUGAAUAAACUGAGUUCAAUCUAAGAAUCUGAGGUGGGCUAGGCAUUGCUUUUGUCUAUGCAUUGAGACAGUAUGUAUCCAGAUUGGACUAAUUUCUCAAACUUUUCCUUCAAAGUUGUAAUUUCAGGCUUGUGAACUAAAUUUUACAAAGGAGCUCUUCUUCCAUCUCACCGACCCAGUAAUAGCUUUAAUUUUCCUUGGGUGAAGGUGAAGACCCCAGAAGAGAUUUGGCAAAUGCCUUGGAUCUCUGGGAAAGAGGGAAGAAGAGAGAACAGGAAGGGGUGGAGUGGGAUGCAAAAUUGAAGUAGGUGUACUUUGGUACCCUUCCCCCUUCAGAGUCCUCUGGCUGACCCAAAGUCCCUCACUUCACCCCUCACCCUAAUGUGCCUGUUUGCCUUUUCUUCAGGACUUCAUGCAUCAGAAUUGUUUGAUGUACCUUUUUACUCCCAAGUCCCACUUCUUUCACAACAUUCAUAGUAGUAGGUGUUUAGGCAAUCUGAUUAAAUUGUAGGAAAUCUGCAGGCCUUUAAAAGUUAUUAUUUUGGAUAAUCACAGGUUCAAGUAUUAUCUUCCCGGUAGCAUGAUUAUGAAUUAUUAUGUGGUUUUUCUGCUCUUAUAUUCAAUACAAUCCUGUAUGUAGCAUUAUUAUUUUGUUUUUAAUGUCUUAAUGAAAAGAUAAUUGUUUAUACUGCUCCAGAAGCUUUUUAGGUGAGGGAUUUUCUUAUACUGUUCACCAUAUUCAUUUGGAAAGUAUCUUGCUGAGCCUUCUAUGUGCAAGGCCUUGUGCUGGGUGUGGUGGGGAAUGCAGAGGUGAAUAGGAUGAAAUCCCUGCCCUUGUGGCAUAUCAAGCACUUAUAUACAUUCUGCACGAGCUUACAAGGAGAUUUAGGAUUCAAGCCCUUGCUUUUGGAAAGCUUGCUUAAUAGGAGGGAAUUUCAAUCCAAAUUCCUUUACUACAAGGCAGAAUGUUAAAGGGCAGUAAGAGAAGCCACAUGUUAUCUUGGUUCACAGGACAGAGAGGCCACUUCCAAUUGGGUUCUGAGAAGCACGUGUGGAGGAGGAGGAUAAGUAGGGAUUGGGCAGCCAGGUUUGUGGAACCUGCCUGGGGAGGAGGGAAAUAAUUCCAUCAAGCUCCUCAUACCACUGUCUCACCACUACCUGGGAGGACAUCUCCCCCGCCCCCCCCCCGAAAUUUAAUCCUUGGUGUUGUUGAUAACCUGCAUGAACUUUUUUUUUUAAUGAUUAUCAGACUCUCAUGCUGUCAUACGCUUCAGUGAUUCUGAACUCACAGUUACUAUUCAAACUUCAUUCUGUCCCACAUUACUCAGUCCCUUAUUCCCAUCACCCCUCAGCCCAACUCCUGUCAUGUACCACUGUGAAUCUAGCCGUCUCUUUCACUGUGCCCUUCAGAAUGCCUGCCCCAUAGGUAACAAAUUUGUUUUCUGAUCAAUCUACUAUGCUGCUCACUAAAGAUGAUUUUCCAAAUUUUUUUCUCUCCCCUCAAACCUGCCAUAAGUCUCUUCUACUCCUUCCCCUCACCUGAGAACCUAGCCUAAUAUUUCACUGAAAAAAAAAAUCGAGGCCAUUUGGUGAGAGUUUACCAGUCCCUGUGUGCAUCCUUAGCUGGCCUCGUGACAGUUGGAUUCAGAGGUGUCUGGGGUUGAUGAAUUUGUAAAGGGACCCAGUUCCCGCUGCCAUCUUGGUUGUAAGUUGGUAUUGUCCACGACUUCCACAGGCCACUCAAAAUCAGCCUGCAGUUCUCAGAAGAUGUUCUCCAGGGACAGUUAUGUGGGCUGCUUCAUUUCUUAGGACUCCAGGGACCUAGGGAGUGGCGAGACAGGUUCAUAUUUUCUUGUGCAUGUGAAUGUCCUGCCAGUGGUUUGUAAGUUAUCAAUAAACUCCAUAGGUUAUAUUAAA